GAAUUCUACCUACAAAUUUCUCAAAAUCUUCGACUCCCAUCCGAAUCCCUAACCCUAAUUAUCCCCUUUUGCCUACACACCCACCCUCACAAUGUCAACGGUUCCCGUCAACAACAAAAUAACCCUCCGAACCGCCGAUAAUCACGAAUUCGAAGUGGAUGAAGCAGUGGCCAUGGAGUUCGGCACCGUGAAAACAUUCUUUGACGAAAAUCCCGACGCCUCCGAUGAACCCAUUCCGCUCCCCAACGUCUCUUCCAAGUGUCUCUCGACAAUCAUCGAGUACUGUAAAUUCCAUCUAGCACUCCGCGCCCGUGAUAGCUCCUCUUCGGUGGUGGAUGAAGGCAAGGCCUAUGAUGAAGAGUUGGUCAAGGCUCAAGACAAUGAGUCGCUGAUCGAGUUGAUUUUGUCAGUUAAUUAUCUGAAUAUUAAGGAUAUGCUUGAUAUGCUGAAUCAGGGAGCAGCUGACAGGAUUAAGAAUAAGAGCGUGGAGUAUGUGAGGAAGUUUUUCGGAAUAGAGAAUGAUUAUACGCCAGAGGAAGAAGCCGAGUUGAGGGCACAAUACGAAUGGGUGUAUGAAGGUGUCGAUCCUGACGAGGAUUGAUGAUCGGGUUAGGGUUUUUACUGUGUUUAUUUCAUAAACAGUUUUUUUUUUCAUCUUUUGGAUUUAGUAUUAUGUACUAGUCGAACAUAAUUUUGGUAUUCCGAGAAUGUUUAUGCAAUUUGGUAAUUAAUAUCUGCUUACUCGUGAUUCAAAAUCUA